AUGACAUCCAUUGUACCUCACCUGACUCCCAAAACCACAAACCUCUCACCAGGAAACAAGCGUCGUCGUCUGAUGCCACUGACACCGACCAGCCAGAGUAGUACCCCUCGACACCAUGAUAUGGCACCCGCUACAGUGCAAAUGCCUUCCAUGCCAUCGCUCUCAAAGAUUGAUGACAAGGGCUUCAUGGACCUGCCAGCCCCAACCAACCGACCCAGACAGCGAACCGAAUCUUUCGAUGGUGCCUUUUGCUUUGAUCCAGCCUUUGUCAGCCCUACAGUAGGCCAAGUUCGUCCACGACCCAAUCCCAAUGCGGAUCUUUGCAUUGAUCACAACUCUUGUAACAAACGCAGGCCUCCCUUUGUGGACAACAAGGAAUCUGACACCUUUGCAGCCUUUACCAAACCAGCUGAGGGAUCUAGUUUUGGAGCGAGUUCCAGCUUCAUUGGACUGAGAGGUCUAUUGCCAGAAGAUGCUAGAGCGUCUCAAAGUAGUUUGGCAAGGCUGCUUAGGCGAAAUAGUACGAGCAGUGCCGUUGGAUUGGAUAUGAACCAAGUCGAUGAUGAGGCCCAACCAGAAACUAGGAAUGAAGGGGGAGAGUAA